AAAGGCCUGUUAAUCAGCCAUAUUUCAUAGCCGAGGUUUGGAUGGUCUCGAAGAUGACAAAGUUAAAGAAUGUUUCAUUGAUUUUAUUAUCAGAAUGAAAUUGAAUGAUUUGAAUCUGGAGAUUUAGAAAAGGAUAGACUCUUUACUUUAUUUUCAAUUUAACAAUUGAACAAAAAUGAGCCAAACUAAGCGAGCAUGGAAACUUCAGGAGUUUGUUGCACAUGGCAACAAUGUCAACUGUGUUGCUCUAAGCAAAAAAUCGGGUCGAGUGAUUGUAACAGGAGGAGAGGACAGAAAGGUCAACUUAUGGAUUGUUGGCAAACCGAACUGUUUAAUGAGUCUCUGUGGACACACCACACCGGUGGAAUCUGUCCGAUUCGGACACGAGGAGGAGAUGGUGGUAGCUGGCUCCAUGUCUGGGGCUCUGAAGGUUUGGGACCUGGAACAGGCCAAAAUAAUGCGAACACUAACCGGACACACUUCCAGUAUUAAAAGUCUGGACUUCCAUCCCUAUGGUGACUACUGCACUUCCGGAUCUCUGGACUGCAAUGUCAAGCUGUGGGAUAUCAGAAAGAAAGGAUGCAUAUACACUUACAGGGGCCAUAAGAAUGGAGUGAAUUGUGUGAGGUUCAGUCCUGAUGGAAAGUGGAUAGCUUCCGCGGGAGAAGACAGCGUAGUUAAGAUCUGGGAUAUCACAGCAGGCAAAAUCCUGACAGAUUUAACCUAUCACCAGGGACCAGUCAAUAUUGUAGAAUUUCAUCCUAAUGAACUCUUACUAGCCUCAGGGAGCUCAGAUAGAACGGUGAAAUUCUGGGAUUUAGAAAAUUUCAAUAUGGUGUCUACAACUGAUGGAGACUCAACCCCAGUCAGAAAUAUAUUGUUCCAUCCAGAUGGGACGUGUUUAUUCAGUGGCACAAAAGAUUUACUAAAGGUUUAUUCCUGGGAGCCCUCUAGAUGCUGCGACUCUAUCCCAGUGAAUUGGGGGGAGGUGGCAGACAUAGCCAUCGGGCAGAAUCAGCUGAUAGGAUCAUCUUUUUCACAGACCAAUGUUUCCACAUUUGUAGUAGAUCUGAAGCGGGUACAACCAUUUGGAGGUAUUCCACAUCAAGAGGUUGGAUCAAAUUUUUCCAGUAAAAAUAUAGAUGAGGUUUUCACAGACCUAAGUAUAUCUAAUUCCUCUGUAUCAGAGGGCCUUAAAAACAGUCGAAAUAAAUUCAUCACAGAGAGACCACCCACGCAGUCCUCAAGGCAAGCCAGUGUACCUAAAGAAGAUUUUGAAGAACCAACACAAGAUAAAGAAGAACAAGAUAAUGAUUCCUUUGAAAUCGCAAAUCCAGAAGAUUACAGGGAAAUUUUCCGUCCCAAAUCUCGACUCACACAUUCCCCAUCAAGGCCAGUUGAACCAUUUCAACCUCCCCCAGACGAUGGUAUGUUCCAAACAAAACGAAAUGUCUCUUCUCCUCGUAAUAUCAACCGACAACUCUCCUCCGAACGGAAAUGCUCAACGGAGCGUAAAUCUACCCCUUUACGCAAAAGUCAGUCAUCCAAGUCAGUGUCGGACGAUGGUGACAUGGAGCCUGUCAGGCAGCCAGCACCGACCAGAACCAACAAAGCCACAACAAAACCGAACAGCAAACCGGUUGUCAAACCAGUCAGUAAACCGUCUCCUAGACAACCAGAGGAAGACAAGUCCGGCAUCUCACCUGAGGACUUCUUACCAAAGGGCGGAGUGGAGAUAGGAUACAGUCAGACUGGCAAAGUGCCAUCAGAAAAUGAGGCUUUUUCAACAUUGUCUAGUGGACAUGAUGCCAUGGCAAAAGUUUUAGCACAUCGAAGCAAGAAUCUACAAAUAGUUCGAGCCAUGUGGACUUCUGGAAACACCAAGACUGCAGUUGAUUCAGCCAUUAGUAUGAAAGAUCCUUCUGUGAUAGUUGAUCUUCUCAAUGUAUUAAACUUAAAAUCAGGGUUAUGGAGUUUGGAUCUGUGUUCUUGUUUGCUGCCUCAAGUACAAGACUUAAUGGACAGCAAAUAUGACAGUUACGUGACUGCAGCGUGUGAGGCCUUGAAGAUCAUGCUGAGGAACUUUGGACCUGUGAUAAAGUCAAAUCUGACUGCUCCUCCUAGUCAAGGAGUCGAUAUAUCCAGGGAGGAAAGAUAUAGGAAAUGUAGACAGUGUUAUGAAAAUCUGUCAGUCAUCCGAUCAAAAGUAGCUAAGAGGAUGGGAGCACCUGGUAAAGUUGGACAACUGCUCCGUGAAAUUCAAAUUUUAAUGGCAAGCAUUGACUGAGCACAACUAAAUGUGUGUGACUACUUUCUACUGACUCAGAAGCAUCUUUCCAUUGCUUUAUCUGGGGGAUGACUUGUCCAUGUUAAGAUUCUACGUUGCUUUGGAGUCGAAUAUAAACCGGAAAACAAUCUGUGAUUACAAUGUGAUAUAACAAAAACAGAGCUACUCGCACAGGAUUACUUCCCCUUAUGCAGAUUUCUGUGGUGAACAAGUACAAAGAUGAUGCUAGCUUGUACAUUUCAGGCACUGCCAAUGAUUUUCCACAUCUAUAAGGUUGACCAGACACCCCUCAAAUAUUUACAUGAACUGUUUCAAUUUUUAAGUGGUUUGUUUUCUCUGUCUUUAUAUUUAUUAUCAGAAUAUAAUUUUAAUGCCACACAGGUAAAGGAGUAAAUUUCCCCCCAUAUUUAUAUAUCUAUUCAAAUUAUAUCUUUUUGUGAAAGUGAACAUGUUAGAAUUGUACUGGAUUUUUUAUUUUACAUGAUGUUCGCAGUUGAUGCUGUAAAGAUGAUAACAAACUGUGACAGUGUGAUUUAUUUAGUUAAAAGGUUGUUUACAUUCCUGCUUCAUGCAUAUCAAUGAAAUAUUACACAACCUUCUUUUUUUACAAUUUAUAUUAUGUUAAUUGAAGAUUCUAUAUCUUGGGAUUUAUAACAUGACAAAGAAGUUAAUAUGAAUGGAUUGUGCAAUACUGAAUUGCUAAAGAAACGGGGAGUGACACAAGUUUAAUUACUAGGCGAUGCAUCCAAAAAGUUCACUCAAAAUUUUAUAUCAAAGAUAUUGUGCUUGUUACAAAACUUUAGAUUUUUGAAACACACUACAUACAUAGCAGUAUUAUCUGUGUAAGCAAUGGCAUGAAUUUUAAUGGACUACACGCUUUUUGACAUUGUUUGGCCAUAAAUCCUUGCAGUACAUCUGUAUUACUGAUUUGUGUUGAACGUUAGUAGGGCAACACUCAUACAUUAUUUUUCAGGUCUAUCAGCUUCCUGCACCUAGAAAUUCAUUUUCUCUAAGCCGAGACAUUGUUCUGCUUUCACCAGUGCUUGAUUUUUCCCUCCAAAGGCAUUUGUAUUUCCAUUUACAAAAUGUUAAAAUUGAUGAUGUAAAUAAAAUGUUUUAAAACUUUA